AAAUCAAAACUGUCAACAAUGUCAACAAUUUGUAUUCAGAAAUUCAGAAAUGAACAUUUUUGAGCUUUAUUUUAUGGUUUAUAAGUUAAUUCUGACUUAUUAACUGUUUAAUUAAAAGAAGCGCGAAACAUUAAUAAAGCAGUAUGAGGAUCAGACGUUUAUCGGCGUUUUUUUGGAUGACGUGUAUUAUAGCUUUUAUUUUUAUUUUAUACGUGAUGACAGACUUAAGUUUUAAUUUACCUAGUGUUAAACCAGCGAUAAACAUAGAUGAGAACAAGUGGUCUGCCUUUGAAUCAAAAUUACGUCAUAUUGAAAAUGAACUUGAUCAACAUCAUGCUGUUGUUGGUGAAAUAAAAUCAGCCAUGAGCCAAAUUAUAGAACAGUCAAAUGAAUAUCACCCGCCACAGAAAAGACCAAGGCAAAUGGAGAAAAACAAAAAAAUAAGAGAGUUCAAAGUAGUAGGAGAUGAGCCACCAAGGAUGCACAUAAAAUUGAAUGAAUCAACUUGUCCCAUUCAGAAAUACUCAGUUCCAAAAACUGAUGUGCAGAUGUUAUCCUUGUAUGAAAGGAUUAUGUUUGAUGACAAAGAUGGAGGUGUUUGGAAACAAGGAUGGAAUAUAGAAUACAAUGAAAACCAAUGGAGUCAGAAAAACAAAUUGAAAGUUUUUAUUGUACCACAUUCACACAAUGACCCAGGUUGGUUAAAAACCUUCGAAAAUUAUUACAAGUCACAAACAAGAGCAAUAUUCAAUAAUAUGAUAGAGAAAUUGAACGAGGGUGUAGGGCGUAAGUUUAUAUGGGCCGAAAUAAGUUUUCUAUCGCUGUGGUGGAAUAACGAUGCUACUGAGAAAGACAAGACUGCUUUCCUGAAUUUAUUGAAAUCAAAGAAACUUGAAAUCGUGACAGGCGGAUGGGUUAUGAACGACGAGGCAAAUUCACAUUGGCUGUCUGUAGUGCAACAAUUGACCACCGGACAUCAGUGGCUACUCGACAAUUUGGGAUAUGUACCCAAAAACGCAUGGUCCAUUGAUCCGUUCGGUUAUUCCAGCGCGCAACCCUACCUCCUCAAGAUAGCCGGUUUCGAUAAUUCCAUGAUACAGAGGGUACACUAUAGAAUUAAGAAAGAAUUGGCUUCGAAUAGACAGUUGGAAUUUAGAUGGAGACAGUUAUGGGAUGGUGUUGGGAAAACUGAUAUGUUCACACAUUUGUUCCCGUUUUAUUCGUACGAUGUUCCUCACUCGUGCGGUCCGGAUCCUAAGAUAUGUUGUCAAUUUGAUUUCAAACGUCUACCCGGUAACGGGGUUACUUGUCCGUGGGGCGUUGCACCUCAGAGGAUAACCCAGAAGAAUGUGGAUGAAAGAGCGUUCAAGAUAUUAGAUCAGUGGAGGAAGAAGGCUCAACUCUACAGAAGUAACGUGUUGUUCUUCCCUCUCGGUGACGACUUCCGGUACGACCACGCCAACGAGUGGGACAAUCAGUACCAGAACUACGACAUGCUGAUAGAGUACAUCAACAGUAACGAUGCUUGGAACACUGAGGUACAAUACGGUACACUCGAAGAUUACUUCAAAGCAUUACACGAUGAAGUGAAAUUAUCAAACUUUCCGGUUCUGUCCGGGGACUUUUUCACGUACGCCGAUCGGAACCAGCACUACUGGAGCGGGUACUACACCUCCAGACCGUUUUAUAAGAACAUGGAUAGAGUUUUACUGGCCUAUGUCAGGGCAGCCGAAAUAAUAACAGCUCAAGCGACGGACACGCAUGCUGUGUCGUACAUAAUGUCGCUUCAGCUGAGGGACCGGGUCGAGCAGGCCCGCAGGUCGCUCUCCCUGUUCCAGCAUCACGACGGCAUCACCGGCACCUCCAGGGACGAGGUCAGGGAGGACUACGCCAAGAAGAUGCUAACAGCAAUAAAAUACAGUCAAUCCGCCAUCCAACAAGCUGCCUACUACUUGCUGAAGCAGCCGCAUAUACAGGAUCAAACGCAAGAGGACAUAUUCCUCGAUGUGGACGACAUCUGGCGGCGGCACGACGAAAUACCCUCCAGGAUCACGAUUGCCUUGGACGUGGUGUCUCCUUCCAGGCGCCUCGUGCUUUACAACGCGCUGGCGUUCAGAAGACAAGAAAUAUUAACAGUGCUAGUGUCAACCCCGCACGUUGAAGUUUUUGAUCCAGAGGGUGAACCGAUAAUGGCACAAGUAUCCCCCGUGGUGGCAGGGGAGAGGCGUCUGGGUCUCGCCAACAAUAAGUACCAGCUGUCCUUCCCGGUCACCAUCGGACCUCUCGCUUUAACCGUCUAUUCGGUGUCACUGAGGGACGCGAUGAGUAUCAACAAGUACACGUCAUUCUCUCACGUCCGUAUAUACAACGCGGACUACUGGAGCGUGGUUCUACCGAAGAUAUUCCCGAUCGAGCAGCCGUCGGCGCGACUCAACGAGGACGUGAGCUUCCAGGCGGGGAACAGCACCAGGGUCGUCACCAACAUGAACGGGCUCGUCAAAACCAUUGUGUCGAGGGACGGAGUGGCCACACCCGUGCACAUGGACUUCGUGCAGUACGACACGCAGAAGGGGCGGGACAACAACAGCGGAGCCUACCUGUUCAUACCGAGCGGGCCCGCCAAGGACUUCAAGUCGGAUCCGUACCCCGAGAUCGUGGUCACCGAAGGCAUACACAAGUCCACGCUCUACGCCGCCCUCGUCGGACCCAAAACCGCAGAAAUUAUACUCUCUGUGACGGUGUACAACAACCCGUCGCUUCCGCACGCCGAGCUGGAGGUCAGCAGCGCGCUGCUCAUCGACCCGCAGGUGGACGACCUGGAGCUGGCGCUGCGGCUAUCCACUAGCGUCCGGAACGGAGACGUCUUCUACACAGACUUAAAUGGGAUGCAGAUGAUAAAACGUCGUUACUUCGAGAAGAUUCCGCUGCAGGCGAACUUUUAUCCGCUGCCCGCCGCCGCCUACAUCGAGGACGAGAACAUCAGGUUCACGGUGCUCACUUCCACUCCGUUAGGAAUGGCUGCCUUACAGCCGGGACAAAUUGAGGUGAUGCAAGACAGGCGCCUGAGCAGAGACGACAACCGAGGCAUGAACCAAGGCGUGUUGGACAACGUGAGGACGCGCCACACAUUCAGGCUCAUAGCGGAGCCGGCCCUCGGGCACUGCGCCAAGCCGCCGUCUGAUCACCCAAGCGGGUGGCUGACGCUGGGUAGUCACGUGUCGCAGCAGAUGCUCCUGCAGCCGCCGCUCGUGCUGCACUACACGCCGCGCGGAGACGAGCCCCGCCCCAACUACCAGAGGGCCUCCGUCAACGCCGCCGACAUCGUGCUGGCCUCCUACAGAACCCACACCACCACUAAGAAGGAAGGCACGAAUUUACACGGGAUGGGGCUGACGUUCCAAAGGGUAGCCCUCGACACGUGCUACGGUCACAAGGACACCGUCGAAGCGUAUCCGCUAAGUGACGGACAGUUCCGUCUGUCAGAUUUGAUAGACGUGAAAUCAGAUCGUGUUUACGAAAGCACGUUGACUUUCAAUCAGAUAGACAAGCAAGUGUUAGACGGAAUCAUCACGCUGUGCCCCAUGGAGAUCCGAUCCGUGUUCGUCAAUCAAACUAUAAGGAACGGAUGAAAUUAAAUAACAUUUAGUGUAAUUAUGUUAAUACUUUUGUUGUUACUUUAUUAUUAUAUCGACGGACGAAAGACUUGUGCGACAUGUGAUUGCGAUGUUUAUAAUUUAAGUUUACAGGAGAGCCAUUUAGAGGUUGAAAUUUUGAAAAAAAUAUCAUAACAAAUUAAUUCUUCAGCUAUUUGAAUGGGAUUGGCUUAAUUAAAUUUCAAUUGAAACAUCGAACUAUUGAUGUUAAUCUAUACAUAUAAAUAAAAUUAGAGUGUCUGUUUGCAGUAUUGAAAUAACCGCUUUUUACUACACGCAUAUGAAUAUAUACGGUACACACUCUCUCUCUCUCUUCGAUCGGUUCCUCACUGCUGAGGAUCGUGACUCCGUCCGAUUUCAUCAACCAACUGUCUCCAUCGAUCCCGCCCUGCAGCCCGGUGGAGUGCGUCGCUGAUAGGUAUCCCCAGUUCCUCCGCUAUUUGGUACACACAUAUAUAUAUAUAUAUAUACGGUACAUACACCAAAACAUUUUUUACAAUUUUUGUCUGUCUCUCUGUCUGUUUGUUCCGGCUAAUCUCUGUAACGGCUGGACCGAUUUUGAUGAGACUUUCACUAAUAGGUAGUUGAUAUGAUAUAAGGAGUAACUUAGGCUACUUUUUUUAGACUAGCUUCGCCCCGCAGCGUCACCCGCAGUUAUUGUCGUACCGCGCGCUACAUGGCGGGCUUCGCCUAUCAAUAAUAAAAUUUAAUGUUUCCGAAGCGAAGCGAGGGCGGGUCGCUAGUACCAAAUAAAACAGGCCUUUAAUUACAAAAGUAAAUGUCGCGUAUUAAGCGAAAUGUCGCUUUAACCAAAUAGCCGUUCACCCCUUGAUAUAAUAAUGGGGAAUGCGCUUGUGACGACGAUUCGUGUACCAGACGAUCCUUCAAAUUCAAAUUCAUUUAUUUCAACUUGGAUGUCAUCAAAAACACACUUGUUGAAUGUCAAAAUGUAAAAGAAAAUGUUAACUCAACCACCGGUUCCAAAAAAAGCCACAGUCCUGAGAAGAACCGGCGAAACAAACUCAGCGGGCUUUUUUUUUUUUUUGUAUUUUCUCAACUAUUUUCUUUUUUUAAACAAGAAAACAUAUUUACAGUAUACAAAAAAAGAAGUCAAAAAAAUACAAUUCAAAUAAAUAAUAAUAAUAAUGAAAAUGAAAAGGCCAGGAGCGAACGCCUCAUUCCCACGUAGUGCCAUCUAGUAAAAAAUCCUUAACUUUAUAAUAUGCCUUGUUGCACAAACGUUCCUUGACAGUUUUCUUAAAUCUAUGAACAGGUAGUAGUUGAACGUUGUGUUCGAGAGUUAUUUCAUUGUUUCACUUGGUCGGUUAUGCUCAAUCUCAUUAGAAAAUAUUAAAUACAUUGGCCACUUUAUGCGUGUAGAUAAGCUCGCGUUUACCAGAUCUGUGCCAUAGAUUACACACAAACAGUGUUGCCAUCUUCGUUGUUUUUACCGCAUUAUUAGGGGAAAAGUGAAAAGUGCUGUUUGUAACAUUCCGAGGAGGCGACUCUAACAGUAAUAUUUUUUAACCAAAUAUGUGUCAAACCUCAAAAGUUUUUUUAUAAUAAAUAUAUUAUUAUAUAUCAACAUCAGUCGUACAAAAAGCUGUCAACAUUGAACGGGUAAUACAAAAACUGUGGUAAAAUUCCAGUUUUUGAUAGAUGCAAACGUUGCAAUGUCAUGAAGUACUAAAUUUGUAAACACAAAAAAUUUGCAUGACUGCAUUUACAAAGUUGAAACCAUAUCUGACCCGAAACAUGUCUUGUCGGAUCCCCUGGAUCCACUCUCGGUUAUUUUAGGUCAGAAUAAUAAUGGACUGAUCAUAGAAGUCAAAUUUUUCUGAUUGUUCCUUCAAUAAUUUCAAAGCAUCUUAUCUUCUAUUUAUAAUUUAUAGUUAAAAAUCAUUAAGGCCACAGUGCCUCAGAAGAGAAACCGCAAGCCGGUCUAUGAACAGCGUUGCAAUCAUAAUGUUCACGAGUGCUCAGUUUUGUAGCUACUGUUGUAUUUGUAUCUUAAAUGCGGCAUUGCAUUGAUGUGUUUGCCAAAAACCACGUAGUGUAGCUCAUGAAAAAAAAAAUCAACUACACAUAAAUCAUUAUGGAAUAUAUACUACGGGGUAGUGCAACACGCAAUUGGCUGCAUUGUAUGUAUUGUAUUGGCAGAAAUUGACGAGACUGGUAUAAUUGACGUAUCAUUUGCACACAGAGCGCCAGAGUUCGAAUUAAACAAUCCCCAUUAAUGUUAAUGUCUUAUAAUUUUGUAACGUAAAAAAAUAUUUGUUAUUUAAUUUAAAAAAUUUUGAUAAUUGGAAUUGUCUAUUUUAGUUUUUAUAUGUGGGUAGAUUUAAAAAAAACUUUUGCAAACUCUUUGUUGUCGAGAUGUUAUUUUUAAGCUUAAAAAAGAGCAUGAUGAAAAUUUAUAUAAUAAAAAAUAUUGACCAAUUCCCGAAGGCACGUAACAAGUGACAGUAAUAAUUAUUGCAAGCAAAUAAACUCAAUAAUAAGUUUUUGUAAGCGUUACAAGUACUUUCAUUAAGCACAACACAUCACAGCUGAUAGAUUGUUUAGAUAUCAAAUUCAUCAGCAUCCUUUUUCCUAAUGUUUCAACUUAGGAUUAGUGUGUUAAUUUUCGAGUAAUAAAAAUACUAAUGUUUUUAAAUGAGUGAUUCAUGUAAAUCGUGUAAAUAUUGUACAAUUUGACUGAUCCCUUGGCGCAUUAGUUAACGCUCUUAAUUGCUGUGUCGUGGGUUCUAUUCCCGCUUCAGGCCAGCAUUCAUGUGAUAGACAUGUUUAUUAUCUUAAUAUGUAUAUAUAUGUGUUUCUGGUUCCCACGGUACAGGGAGGCUAGGGGCCAGUUGACCUUCUGUGAUCUGUCCCCCGAUUAUUUAUUUACAUAUUAUAAUAUACAUGUCGUAAUUAUUAUAUAAAUAAAUUUUAUGAAUUAUGUUGCAUUUAUUUAGCGUGAAUUGAAUAAAUUUUAUAGAUUUUAUUAAUUUGACCCCAUUUACGUAUGCGAUUAAUAUCUAUGUAAUGUGUAAAUUAGUUAAAUUUAAACUAACAUAAAACUAAACAAAAAACAAAAAUAUUGCCAUUGCCAAAAUAAAAAUAUUUGCUGAUUGGUAAUUAAUAAUUUAUUAAUAAAAUAUUAUUGAUUUCAUAUCUACCUAUGAGAUUAAUAACAUUUUGUCUAAUAGUUUUUUCUAUAGUGUUUAGCUUAAUGCAGAGAACUUACGAUAAUCGUAAAACAAUCCUUUUAUAUGAUUUAUGUAUUUGAAGCCGUUAAAAAACAAAAGCACUUGUAUAGUUAAAGAAAUGUAAAUAAAGAAAUAUACAAAUUU